CCACCAUGGUUGUUCUUAUCCCGUCGUGUUGACGUAUUGUUGCGUUCGAAAGGAUCCGAGAACUAGCAAAGUUGGAGAGAGCCAAGAGGUCACCGGAACUUCACCGGAGAAUCACCGCGAGUCACCGGAAGUUAGUCACUGUCAUCGGAGCUGUCGUAGUCCAUUGGCAAGGUCGUUAAGGCCACCGUGAGCUUGAACCGCUUUGCCGAGCUGCCCAGGUGAUCCGCCGAAAAUAAUCGCCGAGAAAGGUUGGUUAAGUUGAGAGUUCGUUUUCCAUUAUUAAUUGGUAGUUUUGCGAUGAAAGUUGGUUUUGAACCGGGCUAAGAAGUGAAUACGUUGACCAGCUCCUUGUACCAGAUUCGGGUCCUUUCAUUUUUAAUCUCCAUAAUUAAACCAGCCGCGAGUCUUGAAGAAGAAGUAUGCAGUCGAUAGUUUCUUUCUUCCAGAGAAUAUACAUCGAAGCUUGAUAGGUAAUCCUAAGAAAUUAUUAGGUUUCAAAACUCUCCAAGAUUAUAUUGAAU